UAGGAGGGCCGUGAGCUCGUUCACCCAUCUGUGCAAUAAAUAAAUAAAAACCCUAAGAUAGAAACGGCGUGGGAGUUUAUUUACUAUUGACUAAGACAACUUGGGAUAAAGAUAAGAAAUAUAGUUUUUAUCCUUUUUUAAGAUUCUUUUGUGUGACGACUAUAGUAAGUUACUAUAAAAUAAAAUUAGAUGAACUCAUCAAUACGACAAAUGGUUUGCAUUUGACAAAGUUACAUUUGCGUCCGACGGCUUGGCUUUUUCAUUCAAAGCGCACGUUCUGUUAAGUGAACAUGUGUGAUCUGAACCGACAUUCAAUAUCAUAAAAUAAUAAAAAAAAAAUGGAUCUUCAAUCACUAACAAAUUUUUAAACAAGUGAAUUUUCUAAUAGAAUCCAAGUGGUAUUUUAUUAAAAAACGUUUUUGCAACAAAAAAAUAACUAAGCUCGAUAAUUGAAGAUGGUGCACAAAUUUAAAAUAUCAUCAAACAGCGGCAAUGCGCCCGUCAGCCGUUUGAAAUGCGUAGCGGCACAAUUAUUGGCCAGUAUGUCCGCGAAUCUUCUGCUCUUGGACCUCGGCAUGGCUAUCAGCUUUGCAACCAUAGCCCUUCCUGAUUUACUUAAUUCUAAAGAAGGAUUGUCAUUCAAUGACAUUCAAGCGUCAUGGUUCGGUAGUCUAUCGUAUUUGACUCAGCCGCUCGGCGCGAUUCUCUCUGGCCCUAUUGUGGAUUAUUUGGGCAGGAAGAAAGCUAGUAUUUUUGUUAACAUUCCACAUUUAAUAGCCUGGAUUUUGGCGUACUUUUCUUGGAAUUUGCCAGCUCUUUUCAUUGCAAACGGCUUGCUUGGCAUAGGCACUGGUCUUAUGGAAGCACCAAUAGCAGCCUACGUUGGAGAAGUAACGGAACAUUCAAUACGCGGCUCGCUAUGUACCGUGACGCAACUUUUCUUGGCAAUUGGAAUCCUCAUCAUGUACUUUCUCGGUACGGUGGUGAACUGGCGUAAUGCUGCCCUUAUUUCUGUCGGAGCUCCGAUUCUGGCAAUACUAUUUUCGUUAUUCGUUCCGGAGACACCAGUCUGGCUUCUGUCUCAAGGCCGAGACAAGGAUGCUCUCGACUCUCUUUGCUACCUUCGUGGAUGGACCACACCGGAUCAGGUUAAAGAAGAAUUCGACGACCUCGUUGUCUACUCGCGGAAUUUACAUCAAUGUGUCAUUUGUAUCAAAGAAGGAGAAAAGGAACAAGACUGUGAUCAUCACAAAAUGAAUAUUUUUAAAAGGUCCUGGCUGAAAUUCAAAUACGUGAUGUUGGGAAAAGCAACAAUGAGACCGCUCUCUUUAGGGCUCUUGUAUUUUAUGUUCUACGUCAUGAGUGGCCUGACCCCCAUCAGACCAAACAUGGUAAACAUAUGUGGUGCCUUUGGAAUGGAUGCAAAUGAGAAACAAAUUGUGCUAAUGGUGGGGAUUCUAACAUUCGUCGCGGCCCUGUUUGUUAUUGGCCUCAUAAAACUGGCUGGCAAACGAAAACUUGGCAUCACUGCCAUGCUAGGAACGGCAAUAUCCUGCACUGCCCUUAGCGUUUACGCGAAAAUGAAUCUGUCGGAUUCUGUAUUUUCUUACGACACCACCACGUUUCCAACGCAGAAGAGCAGCAUACCUUUGAUAUUUUUGUACGCUUUGACGUUGUUCACUGGCAGUAAUGUAUCUUGGGUAUUACUGGGUGAGAUAUUUCCAUUCAGGAGCCGUGCGACAGCUCAGGGCAUUGCAGCCGCUUGGAACUACAUAGUUACAUUUUUUGCCUCAAAAACCCACAUCGAUCUUGAAAUAAGUCUGCGACUGUGGGGCACCUUCGCUGUAUACGGAGCUUUUGCGUAUGCGGGCACUAUUUAUUUGUACUUCUUUAUGCCAGAAACCGAAGGGGUGCCUUUACACGAAAUCGAAAAUUUCUAUAAAGGCGAUUUAAGAACGUUUGCGGACGACCCUUUUAUUCGUUUCUUUAGGAAAAUAUUAAAUAUAAAAAUGUGAUAAUUUAAACACACUAAUUGUGAUAACCAAUACAUUCUUAAGAAUUACGUAUAA